AAAUUAAAGUAAACAAGUCGAGAAAGCGAUGGUUGAGUCAAAAUAAUUUUUUUUUAAGUUAUAUUUCUGUCAGAGGACAAUAUGAAUAUUCCAUCAUAUUCACUUAACACACUAAAGGGGUUAUAUGAUAUAUCUGGUGUGGAAGUAGGCCAACAUUUCUAUUGGCAAAUAGGAGGUUUCCAAAUUCAUGGUCAAGUACUUAUAACUUCUUGGGUUGUAAUUGCUAUCUUAUUAGGUUCAGCUGCUAUAGCUGUUCGGAGUCCACAAACUAUUCCGACUGGCGGUCAAAAUUUCUUUGAAUAUGUCCUUGAAUUCAUUCGAGACGUGAGCAAAACUCAAAUUGGAGAAGAGUAUCGUCCUUGGGUUCCCUUUAUUGGGACUAUGUUUCUAUUUAUUUUUGUUUCGAAUUGGUCAGGGGCUCUUUUGCCUUGGAAAAUCAUACAAUUACCUCAUGGGGAGUUAGCCGCACCCACCAAUGAUAUAAAUACGACUGAUGCUUUAGCUUUACUCACGUCAGUAGCCUAUUUCUAUGCGGGUCUUACAAAAAGAGGAUUAAGUUAUUUUGGUAAAUACAUUCAACCAACCCCAAUUCUUUUACCCAUUAACAUCUUAGAAGAUUUCACAAAACCUCUAUCACUUAGUUUUCGACUUUUCGGAAAUAUAUUAGCGGAUGAAUUAGUAGUUGUUGUUCUUGUUUCUUUAGUACCUUUAGUGGUUCCUAUACCUGUCAUGUUUCUUGGAUUAUUUACAAGUGGUAUUCAGGCUCUUAUUUUUGCAACUUUACCUGCAGCUUAUAUAGGCGAAUCCAUGGAGGGUCAUCAUUGAUUAGUGUUAGGAAGAGUCUAUCGUUUAGUUUAGAUCCAGGUAAUAUAUCUAUGUAUCAAGAUAUUCUAUCAAGAUAAUCUAUGUUAUCUAGAACAUAUAAAUGUCAAAAUUCAUACAGUCUAACCGGAAUAGAAAAAAAAAAGAUUCGAGCGAGAAG